AGUGGAAAUCUCCUCCUCUUCGCCUCCUCCUGCCUGCGACUAAACUUCAAACACUUUAAAAAGUCCGACUUUCCAUCUUCGUUUCAGCUGAAUGCGGGCGUACUCAACCGAACGAUCGGAGUUUAUCGGGAUGAGGAGCAGCCGCUGGUAGAGACGACUGUCAACACAACUCCUCAAUUCUCCAUCUGGUUGAAGUGUGUGUGUCUCGGCAGCCAUGGCUCGCGGUUGCAUCUGCUGUGUUAAAUACAUGCUCUUCCUCUUCAACUUGCUUUUCUGGCUGGGUGGAUGUGGGUUGUUGGGGGUGGGCGUGUGGCUGUCUGUGUCCCAGGGGAGCUUUGCCACUCUGUCGCCCUCCUUCCCCUCACUCUCGGCUGCCAACCUCAUCAUCACGCUUGGGACGGUCGUCAUGGUGACAGGCUUCCUGGGUUGUCUUGGAGCCAUCAAGGAGAACAAGUGUCUUCUGCUGAGCUUUUUCAUCGUCCUGUUGGUCAUCCUCUUGGCUGAGUUAAUCCUCCUCAUUUUGUUCUUCGUCUACACAGACAAGGUGAGCGAAAAUGCAAGGCGAGACUUGAAGGAAGGUCUGGUUCUGUACAACACGGACCAGAAUGCAGGAUUGACGGACGCCUGGGACACCAUCCAGGGAGAGUGGCACUGUUGUGGCGUGAUGAGCUACCACGACUGGUACUCGGCUCUCCAAGUGGUUCCAGAUCGCUGCUGUCAGCACGUUUUCCAUGACUGUGGACGCAACGCCUCCAAUACAUUCUGGACACGAGGUUGCUAUGAGAAAGUGGAGGAGUGGCUGGACGACAACAAACACCUGUUAGGAACCAUCGCCAUGUGUGUGCUGGUGAUACAGCUUCUGGGGAUGGCUUUCUCCAUGACUCUCUACCAGCAGAUCCAUCGAGCAGGGAAGAAGUUUCGUGCCUAAAUAAUAUAUAUAUGAAUUGUACCAACCCCAAGCACAUUGAGUUAUUUUUUUAGGAGCCGCUUUUGUGUGCACCACUUGAUGAAAUGUUCUGAUGCUAAAAUUGUCUUUUUUUUCACACAAUAUUUGUAUGCUGAAUAGUAGUGACAUUUGGUCUCAUAGACUCAAAAGAAUAAAGUAUUUGGAAGUUGAAGGACUUUUUUUCCAAAU